AUGCCCUCAGAAGCUAAUGACCUGACAAACGCUGCGCUCAAUGCUGGGAACCUGGGGCUGAUCCUUCCUCUUCUCCUCCACAGCUGUACCCAUGGUGCCUGCACAGGGCUGGGAAGCUGCACGCAGCCGCUUCUCGCUCACGUCGCCAGCCUGAACUGCUCCUCAGAUGGCCCGAGGCACAUGGAGUGCUCCGUCACCUGUGAGCAGGGCUUCGUGCCACGCUCUGGCAGCGGGAAGAGCUUGGGCUAUGCACAGCAGGAGGUGGUGCUGACAUGCAGUUCGGGGCGGUGGGACCGAUCUGUGACUUGUGACCCUGUUGACUGUGGUGUCCCUGACCAGUCACACGUCUACUAUGCGGAGUUCUCCUGCCCCAAGGGGACCACCUACCUGAAGAGAUGCUCCUUCUCCUGCAUCCACCCUGCCAAGCUUCGAGGGAUGAACCAAUGGCUGACGUGUCUGGAGGAUGGGCUCUGGUCGCUCCCUGAGGCCUACUGCAAGCUGGAGUGCGAUGCUCCACCUGCCGUGCCCAAUGCCAGGCUCCUGGUCCCACGCUGCAUGCAGGGCAACCACGACGUGGGCUCCGUCUGCCGCUACAAGUGCAAGCCUGGGUACCACGUGGCAGAGAACACAGUGGGCAAACCUAAGAAGAAGUUCCUGAAAGUGCAGUGCCUGGAGAGCGGGCAGUGGGAGGAGGGACGCUGCAUCCCUGUGGUGUGCGAGCCACCCCCGCCAGUGUUUGAGGGCAUGUACAACUGCACCCAGGGCUUUGAGCUGGACAGCCAGUGUGUCCUGAGCUGUGAGCCACCAGGAUCACGGGUCCCUAUUGUCUGCACCAAGGAGGGCACGUGGACAGAGGAGUUCAAGCUGUGCAAGAGCCUGCAGGGCACCUGCCCGCCACCCCCAGAGCUCAACCUCGUGGAGUACAAGUGCGAGCAGGGGCACGGCAUAGGUGCUGUGUGUGUGCCUUCCUGCAUUAUCCCCCCCAGCGAUCCAGUCAUACUGCCCGAAAACAUUACUGCUGAGACUAUGGAUCACCGCCUGCAACCCACCAGAGUCCAGCACAUCGUAUGCACGGGCAGACUGCAAUGGUACCCAGACCCCUCUGCCAUCCACUGCAUCCAGUCAUGUGAGGUAAGCUCCCUUUCCCAGCGCAUGGGACAGCUCCAGCCCUGCGGUGCAGCUGGGUAGCGUGCGGUGCAGUGGGGUCUUUAUGAUGAGGUCUGUGAUGGGUUGGCAUAAUGGAGGUCUGCGAUGGGUUGGCAUGGAGAAGGUCUGCUGGUGUUUCAGUGUUUUGGCAUUCAUCUGGAGCAUGUGGCCAGGGCAGUGCUGGGGGUGAGCUGCAACGCGCCGCGUGGCCACAGAAUGGGUCCAGGGCUUCGUGCCGCGUUUCCUUCCUCGCACUCCUCUCGGCCAACCCGGGAAGAAAAUUCUAGCAAAAGGAUUUCACUGGCAAGGGGUAUCCCCAAAAAGCGCAUGCUGACUCCAAGCCUGAAUAUUUCCUUAACCAGAACUGCAGUUCUGGAGUAAUACGGGUCCAGAAAAGCCCUGUGUGACUCACGCGUCCAACCAAAACAAGGAGGAUUU